AUGGAGGAAAUAAAAAAUAUGUUAAAAGUAAUGCAAGAGGAAAUAAGACAACAAAAAGUCGAUAUGCAGGAUAUGAAGGAGGAUAUUAAAAAUACUAUUAACAGCAAUAUUAACGAGAAGUUUAAAUGUCUAGAAACCAAAAACGAGCUUUUAGAACAGAAACUAGAAACGCAGACAAUAAAAAUAAAUAAUUUGGAGAGGAUCAUAAGAAAGAAAAAUCUACUCAUAUUCGGAGUCUCUGAAGACGAAAAGAGCUACUGGGACCUAGAGAAAAGGUUAUUGAUAUAA